AGGGGGGUUUAACGGUGUCAGCUGGAGGAUUUAUGGAUUAUUAUUCAUGUUUGUUGCCAGCAAGUACGGAGUCACCACACCGAUCCAUGGCCCCGUUUACAAGACGGGUCCCCGGGCUUCACUGAGGGAUGUGCCGGUACCGAGGCAGCAUAUAGGGGACAGUGUCACGGAAGCCUGAGCUGCUGCUGUUGGGACCUAUUUUCACUGAGUUUGGUGGAGUUUAUAAACUCAGUGUUAUUCUUUUCCUGUCUGUUUGGAAUAUGUUGCAACUGAAGUAUAUGUGGUUGACUUGAAAACUGAUAGAAAACAGUGAUUGUAAGAUCGUUUGGACUUGUACUUUAGCUUUUGAAUAGUUCAGCCAUCCUGUUCACGUGCUGUUCCCAUUAUUUUGUCCAGCAGCUGCAGUUCCGCUGCUGACUGUUUGUACUCAGUGUGAGUAUCAGUGUGGGUUAUUCACAGUGCUGCUAUGCAGACUGACUGGAGCCAUGCUCACACAGCCCCACUGUAACCCUGAUUCUGAGGCACAGGCCUGGAUUGCUUAAACAGAAAAAAACUUAACAGUUGAGGAAAAGUGAGUCUCAAUCCAGUGGGACAACUUGUGCAGAAGAGCAGAUGUUACACAGCUUUGUGUAUUCAUGUGGAUUAUUCAUGAUGCUGCUAUGCAGACAGAGUGGAGCCUUAGGAAACCUGUUGGUAAUGUUAAAGUAAAUUCUUGACUCUGCCACCUCUCUCAUUGCAGUUGAACAGCUAAUGUUACACUAUACAAGUAGUUCAGUUUCACUUCCAUUUUGCAGCCAAGAGUAGAUUAGUGGUUGAAGUUAAUUUCAGUUCAGCUGGUUAGUUACAGUAAUUGUUGAACAAUGAAGAAUCCCCAUCAGCUGAGUAACACAUGGAAGCAAUCCCCUAACAAAGAUCCAGCACUGAUGUCUAUGUCUUGCACAAACAAGAAGUUCAAGAGGAAGUCUAGGGAGCCUAAAAGACUUUUCAGCAGCCCUGAGCCUGAGAGGAGGGAAACCUACCAAGGGGACAUGUCAGAUGAGGACUUAGUAGAUGACACCAAAACGGAGGCAUGUAAUGUCGGCACAUUGGCUCCAUUGCAGAGACAGCUGAGGAUGUCUCAGGAGGCAACAGCUAGCACUACAGAAAUUCUGUCAGGACUUCCAGGGGGCAACAUGGCUCCAGCUCAGAGUGGUGCUAUAGACAUGAGAAUUGGUAUCAGCAUGCCAGACAUCACCUCUAAACUGUCCCAGUUACCUUCCCCUCCAUUCUCUAACCAAGAGAUCUCCCACUGGCCCACAGUCAUCUCACAGCCUCUGUCCAACAGACAUAAACUAGGCCUUUGCUCUACUUUCCCUCUGUCAAUGUCAACCAGCUUCAGCCACAGCCAUUCACCUAGUCCCCAGGCCUCCCCCCCGGAGCCCUCUCUGUCAGGACAUGCUUCAGCUCUGCCUGGCCCAAGGAUCUUCCAGACCUCAUUGUGUCAAGAACAUGUGGAGCCCCAGCUUGAGUCACCUGAGGAGUCUCCCAGGAAGGGGGCUGAAAUGAGUUCUGAUGGACCUCGGUGUUUUCCAGAGGUUAAAGCCAUCCAGCAGACCAGGAGGCUUCUAGCGAACGCCAGGGAGCGGACCCGUGUCCAUACCAUCAGCGCUGCAUUCGAAGCCUUGAGGAAGCAGGUGCCAUGUUACUCCUAUGGGCAGAAGCUAUCCAAGCUGGCUAUAUUGCGUAUCGCCUGCAACUACAUCCUGUCUCUGGCUCAGUUGACUGAACUGGACUACAGUUCAGACCACAGCAGUCUGAGCUUCUCUCAGUGUGUCGAGCAGUGUACCAGGACCCUACAAGCCGAGGGAAGGAGCAAGAAGAGGAAAGUUGGCAGGAUGCCAGAGGAUUUGUGAUGUUUUGAGAUUCCCGUUACCAGAAUCUUCUCACCGAUGAGGGCUGUAUCUCUACAUCACACAACCAGCCUCGGCUCAACUGAUCUGUUGUACUAAGCUUAACAUAUUAGUAUGCAGGAGUAAAAAGACCUUUUCCAUGGUGAACAACAAUAACAUUCACUACAGUGAUGUAGAAAAGGAACCAGAAUUAUAUUAACUGCUAAAUGCGAUACACUUUCUUGCCUUUAUUAUAAUAUAUAGGUGUACGCAUUGUUAAUUGAAAAAUACAGUUUAUUACAACUUAACUAACACAAUAUACAGUAUAACUUCAUUAUUACUUCCCAAAAAAUAAGUUAAAGUUGACUGUUUACAUAAAGCUACACUUUGAACACUGAAUGUUUUGAUGUGUAU